AUGUGCGCAGAACGAUGUCCAUCAAAUUGCUUAGAAAAUAACUGUAACAUAAUUGGAUAUUGCAAUGCUUGCAAAACCAAUUACACUGGAAAUAAGUGUGAGACCAGAUUAUGCCAAAAUUGCUAUCAACAAAUGUGUGUCCUCGACACUGGAAUAUGUAGCAGAGGCUGUAUAGGCGGUUAUUAUGGAAAUAAAUGUACAAUUAACUGUAGCGAAAAGUGUGAUCCACGGAUAUGCAACUUGAUUACAGGGGACUGUACCUACAACUGUACUAAUGGAUACUAUGGUCCAAAGUGUGAAAAGCCAUGCAGUUCCACCUGUCAUUCUCAAACGUGCAGAAAAAAUAAUGGGGCUUGUCUAAAUGGGUGUCAAAAUGGAUACUAUGGUUUAUUUUGCAAACAACUAUGUAGUCUACAGUGUAAAAAUGCAGUUUGUGACUUUAACAAUAGCCGUUGUGUUUCUGGUUGCAAUGAAGAGUUUUAUGGUCCUUUUUGUAGUCUGUCUUGUAGUCCCAAUUGUGCUCAAGGCGGAUGUAAUCAAUCAAAUGGGUUUUGUAACGAAGGGUGUUUACCAAACUGGAGAGGAAAUAUAUGUGACAAAUGCAGUCCUUACUUCUAUGGUACAAACUGCUCGAAAAGAUGUAGCAGUAAUUGUCGUGGUGGACAUUGUUAUGCUGAGAAUGGUACCUGUGUCAAAGGAUGCAAAAGAGGCUUCUUGGGUCAUCAGUGUAAACUGGAAUGUCAAGAUUAUAAAUACGGACCCAACUGUGUAUUUGACUGUGGUCACUGUAAAGACGGUAAACCGUGUGUGAAGACGAACGGGUCAUGCUUGGACGGAUGCGAAACUGGCUGGAGUGAAAUGUUUUGCUUGAAAGUUACAUCAUCCAUUAUAGAUUUACAAUCAGGGGUAAAAUUUGUACAAAACCAAAGAAAAAGUCCAAACACACAAAGAGGAAAGGAGCAAACAGAUAGUAUGCCUGCAAGUUCUGCGAAUUGUGUGGAAGAAACACAACUGAAUGAGCAAAAUAUAGAAUUCAGGAAUGACCAUACUUAUUCCAAAAUCACUUGUACACCUAAAAGCUCUGAGUAUCAGGAAAUACACGUGUACAGAAAUACAGAUUUGUCAAAUAAAUAG